ACAUCCAAGUAAAACACAAGCCCAAAUAUAUUAUACAUAUAAAUCCCCUUAAACCCUAAACCCUAAUCAAGACUGAAAUGAGUUUAACCAUUUUACCUGUAUUUCGAGCACAAGAUUGGGGCCUCUAAAAGCAAAAACAGUUAUCCCAAUAGCAUUAAGAACACUAAAAACCGAAGCAAUCUUCUCAAAAACCCUAGAUCCAUCGAGAUUAAUUGCGGCUAUCGGAGUUGAUAUGGCUGGGGGUGCUCGUUGCCGUGUCCGUUCAGGCGGAGGGUUGAGAUCGUCCGGAAGAAAAUCCACCGGAUCAGUAAGUAUCAGUGAACAUCAAGAGAGCCUUGUGAGGAGAUAUCCUGGUGCAACUUAUAUUGUUCUUCGUCCAAGAUCAGGAUCUGCCGUCAGCGCUUCGCUUCCUGACGAUUAUCAGUUUGAUAUGUGCCAGAAUAUUCUGGAUCAGUACUAUGAUAUGAGCCGCUUGUGUGGGAGCGACUUCCCUAUGUGUGUAACACGUCGCAGCACUAUACUCAAACUUUGUGGUAUCGAGGUGCCUGCUGAUGAUUUAGACAAGAAGGCCUCUACUUCCACCAAUGCAGCAGCUCAACUUUGAAUCGAAGAAUGUCUUUCCCCUCAAUGCUUCUCCAGUACGUAUAGACGGUUCAGUUAAGAAACAUGUGGAUGUUGUAUUGCUUUUUAUCUGAUCUUAAUUGUUACAGUAAAGUAAUGGAUAUGACAGCACUAGUGGAUAAGUGUUUUGAGCUUGUCCAGAGUUCGAUCCAUUGGUGUUGUACUGAACAACGAAAAGGUAUUGUAUAUGAAAACUAGUGCAUGCGAAAUUGCAAAUAAAAUAGAGUGU